CCGCCCCUUCGCCGGCAGCCGCUGGGCGCCGAGCGUGUAAAAGAGCCACCGUGCGGACGCCGAGCUGGGUCUGCCGUAAUGCUGCUGCUGCACAGAACUGUGGUCCCAGGGCUCCGACAAGCCUACAGACUCAAGUCAGCCCCCUCAAGGCUCUGCAUUCCGGCCUGCUCUACAAAUGAUUCAUUUCAGCCACAGCGCUCCAGCCAUGCCUUCUCUGGUGAUAACUCCAGCACCAGGGGAUGGAGAGUCAUGGGGACUCUGCUGGGCCUUGGUGCAGUGUUGGCCUAUCAUGACCAUCGGUGCAGGGCUGCUCAGGAGUCACCACGCCUAUACACGAGGGAGGAAGUGAGAUCCCACAGCAGCCCUGAGACUGGGAUCUGGGUGACUUUGGGCUCUGAGGUCUUUGAUGUCACAGAAUUUGUGGACCUACACCCAGGGGGUCCAUCAAAGCUGAUGCUAGCAGCCGGGGGUCCUCUAGAGCCCUUCUGGGCCCUCUAUGCUGUUCACAACCAGUCCCACGUGCGAGAGAUACUGGCUCAGUACAAGAUUGGGGAACUGAGCCCCGACGAUAAGGCAGCCUCCAUCUUGAAGACCUCUGACCCUUACGCUGAUGAUCCUAUACGUCACCCAGCCCUGAAGGUCAACAGCCAGCGCCCCUUUAAUGCGGAGCCCCCCCCUGAGCUGCUGACAGAAAACUACAUCACACCCAACCCUAUCUUCUUCACCCGGAAUCAUUUGCCUGUACCUAACCUUGACCCAGACACCUAUCGCCUACAUGUAGUAGGGCCACCUGGGGGUCAGUCACUGUGCCUAUCCCUGGAUGACUUGUACCAGUUCCCCAAGCACGAGAUCACGGUCACUCUGCAGUGUGCUGGCAACCGGCGCUCUGAGAUGACUCGGUUCAAAGAAGUAAGAGGUCUGGAGUGGAGUGCAGGGGCCAUUAGCACUGCACGCUGGGCUGGGGCACGGCUCUUUGAUGUGUUAGCCCAGACUGGUCACCAACUCUCUGCAACUGAGGCCCAUGUCUGCUUUGAGAGACUGGACUCAGACCCCACAGGGACUGCCUAUGGAGCAUCCAUCCCUCUGGCUCGGGCCAUGGACCCUGAAGCUGAGGUCCUGUUGGCAUAUGAGAUGAAUGGGCAGCCUCUGCCUCGUGACCAUGGCUUCCCUGUGCGGGUGGUGGUUCCUGGUGUGGUGGGUGCCCGCCAUGUCAAAUGGCUGGGCAGAGUGAGCGUGGAACCCGAGGAAAGUUACAGCCACUGGCAGCGGCGGGAUUACAAAGGCUUCUCUCCGUCUGUGGACUGGGACACUGUAGAUUUUGACUCGGCUCCAUCUAUUCAGGAACUUCCUGUCCAGUCAGCCAUCACACAGCCCAAAGAUGGGGAGACAAUAGAGUCAGGGGAGGUGACUGUCAAAGGCUAUGCAUGGAGUGGUGGAGGAAGAGCUGUGGUCAGGGUGGAUGUGUCUCUGGAUGGGGGCCUAACCUGGCAGGUGGCUGAGCUGGAUGGAGAGGAACAGCGUGCCCGAAAGGCCUGGGCCUGGCGGCUAUGGCAGCUGCAAGCCCCUGUGCCAGCUGGGAAAAAAGAAUUGAACAUCGUUUGUAAGGCCGUAGAUGACAGCUACAAUGUUCAGCCAGACACAGUGGCCCCAAUCUGGAACCUGCGAGGCGUGCUCACCGGCAACCGGCGCUCUGAGAUGACUCGGUUCAAAGAAGUAAGAGGUCUGGAGUGGAGUGCAGGGGCCAUUAGCACUGCACGCUGGGCUGGGGCACGGCUCUGUGAUGUGUUAGCCCAGGCUGGUCACCAGCUCUCUGAAACUGAGGCCCAUGUCUGCUUUGAGGGACUGGACUCAGACCCCACAGGGACUGCCUAUGGAGCAUCCAUCCCUCUGGCUCGGGCCAUGGACCCUGAAGCUGAGGUCCUGUUGGCAUAUGAGAUGAAUGGGCAGCCUCUGCCUCGUGACCAUGGCUUCCCUGUGCGGGUGGUGGUUCCUGGUGUGGUGGGUGCCCGCCAUGUCAAAUGGCUGGGCAGAGUGAGCGUGGAACCCGAGGAAAGUUACAGCCACUGGCAGCGGCGGGAUUACAAAGGCUUCUCUCCGUCUGUGGACUGGGACACUGUAGAUUUUGACUCGGCUCCAUCUAUUCAGGAACUUCCUGUCCAGUCAGCCAUCACACAGCCCAAAGAUGGGGAGACAAUAGAGUCAGGGGAGGUGACUGUCAAAGGCUAUGCAUGGAGUGGUGGAGGAAGAGCUGUGGUCAGGGUGGAUGUGUCUCUGGAUGGGGGCCUAACCUGGCAGGUGGCUGAGCUGGAUGGAGAGGAACAGCGUGCCCGAAAGGCCUGGGCCUGGCGGCUAUGGCAGCUGCAAGCCCCUGUGCCAGCUGGGAAAAAAGAAUUGAACAUCGUUUGUAAGGCUGUCGAUGACAGCUACAAUGUUCAGCCAGACACAGUGGCCCCAAUCUGGAACCUGUGAGGCGUGCUCAGCAAUGCCUGGCACCAUGUCCACGUCCAUGUUGCUCCAUAAGAAAGUGAAAUGGAACCAUCUACUCUCCAGAACCACCUUCUGAACCCCUUUCCACACCCAUCCCUUGGCCUCAUUACCACAAAAAAUCCUUCCCUCCACCUCUCCAUGUCUUGGAUCACAACCCUGACUAUGCCUUCCGAAGCCACACACAGGUACAUGCACUGCACACUUCCACCCAGGCACCUGCUCCCCUUUGACAGGAGGUGUUACAUACCCCUCCUGGCCACUGACCCAGUGCCUUGGAGGAGGUAAGAGCUGCUGGAGCAAAGGGCUAGAAGUAGGAAAAGUAAUUCUGCAAGUGCUAUUUUCUCUGCCUACCCUAUCUCCAUUUCUAAUGACUAUCACCACUGAGGCCUUAUUUUGCUUUUCUUCUUGGAUUCUUCAGAGAAUGUGUGAGGAUAUGUGUAAGAAAAGUGUAUAUGCAACUUUUUACUGCGUCUCUAGGUUGCCAGGGGUUGUGAAGGGCGCAACCCUCUCCCUUUAUUGUUCCACUUUUCUAAAUACAUCAAUAAAAUAUCUGUUUAAGA